GGACAGAAACUGAGGCUUCGUUUUCCACUCAGUGCAUGCAGCUUCUGAUUUGUUCAUGUCGAUCUGAUUUAUGUUUUUUUUCCCUGCGCGCUCCCACCAAAACACUGCACCUUCCAGUUUGGUUAGAAAUCUCAGCAGGUGCGUGGAGGUCGCGUGACUUCAGACUUGUCUUGGAAAUGUCCAGCAGGAAAACCGCCAGCUCAGAGAAUCAUCAUCUCGUCGUGUGAGUCAGUGCAGUGUCACCUCUGGUGCGUGAGUGAGCUGGGGGUGCGCUGCAGGGCAGAUUAUCUGCGCCCCCCUCCGACCCCCUCUCCGUGGGGAUUGACGGGUGCGCGUCAGAGCGCGCGGACCCGCCUCCUGCCCGCGGAGCGCUCGGUGAGUCUCUGCCGCUGCUGUCCGCCUCAAACCCAAAUUCCGCUGGGAAGGAGAGGGAGGGCGAGAAGAGCGAGCAGGACCCGACCGGAGAGCGACGGAACCGAGAGGACGCGGACGGAGCAGCGGCACAAAUGGCACUCAUGGCAGGGAUUGUCUUCACGCUCGUUUUUCUCAUUUCUGGGAUUUUUGCUCUCGGUUCUUCUGCAAGGAUAUACCCCCCAAAUGAAGUCACGUUGCUGGACUCCAGAUCCGUGCAGGGGGAGCUGGGAUGGGUGGCCAGCCCGACAGAAGGAGGGUGGGAGGAAGUGAGUAUUAUGGAUGAAAAGAACAUCCCCAUACGAACGUACCAGGUGUGUAACGUCAUGGAGCCAAAUCAGAACAACUGGCUCCGCACCGACUGGAUCCCCCGUGGAGGCGCUCAGCGUGUCUACAUCGAGAUCAAGUUCACCCUGCGGGACUGCAACAGUCUUCCGGGGGUCAUGGGAACCUGCAAGGAAACCUUCAAUCUUUACUACUACGAGUCCAACAAUGACAAAGAGCGCUACAUCCGCGAGAACCAGUUUGCCAAGAUCGAUACUGUCGCCGCAGACGAGAGCUUCACUCAGGUGGACAUCGGCGACCGCAUCAUGAAGCUGAACACGGAGGUCCGGGAUGUGGGCGCCUUGAGCCGAAAGGGUUUCUAUUUGGCCUUCCAGGAUGUUGGGGCCUGCAUCGCCCUGGUUUCAGUCAGGGUCUUCUACAAGAAAUGUCCGUUGUCUGUGCGGAAUUUGGCACAGUUUCCCGACACCAUAACUGGAGCUGACACCUCCUCCCUGGUGGAAGUCCGAGGUUCGUGUGUGGAUAAUUCCGAGGAAAAGGAGGUUCCCAAAAUGUACUGUGGAGCCGAUGGAGAGUGGUUAGUGCCCAUAGGAAACUGUCUUUGCAACCCAGGAUAUGAGGAACGCAACUCAGAGUGCCAAGCUUGUAAAAUUGGUUACUACCGCGCCCUCGCCACCGACGGCCUCUGCUCCAAAUGCCCGCUGCACAGUUACUCCGUCAGGGAAGGCUCCACCUCCUGCGCCUGCGACAAGGGAUAUUUCCGUUCUGAAACAGAUCCGGCGUCCAUGCCCUGCAGCCGUCCUCCGUCUGCACCUGUUCACCUCAUCUCCAAUGUGAAUGAGACCUCUGUGAACCUGGAGUGGAGUCCUCCUCGGAGCACAGGCGGGCGCCAGGAUUUGACGUACAACGUUGUGUGCAAACGCUGCGGCCCCGACGGCCGCCGCUGUCAGGCCUGCGGUAACGGCAUCCACUUCAGCCCGCAGCAGCUGAGCCUGAAGGGAACCAGGGUGUCCAUCAACGAGCUGCAGGCCCACACUAACUACACCUUUGAAGUGUGGGCGGUGAACGGCGUAUCGUCUCAGAGCCCAGGCCCAGAGCAGGCCGUAUCCGUCACCGUCACCACCAACCAGGCUGCUCCGUCUCCAGUGACCUCCAUCCAGGCCAAGGAUAUCACCAGACACACCAUCUCGCUGGCCUGGCAGCCUCCAGAGAGGGCCAAUGGAGUCAUCCUCGAGUAUGAGGUCAAAUACUAUGAGAAGGACCAGAAUGAAAGAAGCUACCGCAUCAUCAAAACAUCGUCCAGAAACACAGAAAUUAAAGGCCUCACCCCCCUAACCUCCUACGUCUUCCACGUGCGCGCCAGGACCGCGGCUGGCUACGGGGAAUUCAGUGGCCCCUUCGAGUUCAUGACCAACUCCGUGCCAGCUCCAAUUAUCGGAGAUGGAGCCAACUCCACCGUGUUGCUGGUGUCGGUGGUGGGCAGCGUGGUGCUCCUCAUCAUCCUCAUCAGUGCUUUUGUCAUCAGUCGAAGAAGGAGUAAAUACAGUAAAGCCAAGCAGGACUCUGACGAAGAGAAGCACUUACAUCAAGGAGUGAGGAUUUACGUUGAUCCUUUCACCUAUGAAGAUCCUAAUCAAGCUGUCCGGGAGUUUGCCAAGGAGAUCGAUGCGUCCUGCAUCAAGAUCGAGAAAGUCAUUGGCAUCGGGGAGUUUGGCGAGGUGUGCAGUGGCCGCCUGAAGAUGCCGGGCAAGAGAGAGAUCUGCGUGGCCAUCAAGACGCUGAAGGCGGGCUACACGGACAAGCAGAGGAGGGAUUUCCUGUCUGAGGCCAGCAUCAUGGGGCAGUUUGAUCACCCCAACAUCAUUCACCUGGAGGGCGUGGUCACCAAAUGUAAGCCUGUGAUGAUUAUCACAGAGUACAUGGAAAACGGAUCACUGGAUGCUUUUCUGAGGAAGAAUGAUGGCCGUUUCACAGUCAUCCAGCUGGUUGGCAUCCUGCGCGGCAUCGCCUCAGGGAUGAAGUAUCUGUCAGACAUGAGUUACGUGCACCGCGACCUGGCAGCUCGCAAUAUCUUAGUCAACAGCAAUCUCGUGUGCAAGGUUUCUGACUUCGGCAUGUCCCGAGUGCUGGAGGACGACCCGGAGGCUGCUUACACCACCAGGGGAGGCAAGAUCCCCAUUCGAUGGACAGCCCCAGAGGCCAUAGCUUACAGGAAGUUCACCUCCGCCAGCGAUGUGUGGAGCUACGGCAUCGUCAUGUGGGAGGUGAUGUCAUAUGGCGAGCGGCCAUACUGGGACAUGAGCAACCAAGACGUGAUCAAGGCCAUUGAUGAGGGCUAUCGGCUGCCUCCGCCCAUGGAUUGCCCGGUCGCCCUCCACCAGCUCAUGCUGGACUGCUGGCAGCGAGAGCGGGCAGAUCGGCCGAAGUUUGGACAGAUUGUCAACAUGUUGGACAAGCUGAUCCGCAACCCCAGCACCCUGAAGAGGACCGGGGGCGAGGCCACUGUCAGGCCCAGCACCACUACUCUGUUGGAGCCAGGGAGCCCCGAAGCGUCCUCAGCUGUGAGCACGGUGGAAGACUGGCUGCAGGCCAUCGGCAUGGAGAGAUACAACGACAACUUCACUGCAGCAGGAUACACAAGUCCAGAAGCUGUAGUCCACAUGACACAAGAGGACAUGACCCGCAUAGGCAUCUCUUCAGCAGCACAUCAGAACAAGAUCUUGACCAGUGUCCAAGGAAUGCUGUCCCAAAUGCAACAGAUGCAAGGCAGAAUGGUUCCUGUCUGAGAGAACCAAACAAAGACAAAGGAAGCAAACGGACUCUGUUUCUUCUAAGAAAAUGAAUAAUUAACAAAAAAGAAGUAAAAAAAAAAAAAUAAUAAAACAGACAAAAAAUAGUUUACCUCAUCCAUGCACUUUAAUUUGGAUCUUAAAAAAAGAAGAUGCUGAUGAAGAAAAACACUAGUGUCUCAAACAGCAUUUUUUUUAAAAAACGAAUCCGCCCUUUGCCCUGCCCUUUCUGUUGUUCCGGGGAACGGGACACUUCUGUCGACAGCAUUUAAGGAUAGACGUGGAUACGGCUGGAAAAGUGCUUCCGAAAGGCCAAUCCGGAGUGCCUUUAAUGGUCCGGAAGGAAAAGUGAGGAGGAUCACACCUUUCUUCCCUCUUCUAUCUAAAUGUUUUGGAACUUUCCUUCUGGAAUAUCCCAAAAAGCAGAUUUUAUUUUGCUUUAUUUACUGUGGCUGUUUGCUGUACAUGAACUGUGUCUGCGGGACUCGUAGUUUUUCUGCUCCGCUGGAUUUGUGGAUCUGCUCCUCUCAGACUCAGAUGGAGGAUCCUACCAUCGCAGGGAAAGGGGGAAUCUCCGGAGAGGCGGAGGGUUGGGUUCUGGAGGAAGAAACUGGUUCACGGAAGGCUUUUUUUUUUUAGUUUUUCACUUAGCGUGUGUUCUCUGUUGUUCUCCAAAAACAGCAGAUUUGUUGCCCUCAGGACAUUACAGAGAAUGUCUUUGAUCUUCCAGAGGAGCCUUCCCACUCCCCUGUCUUCCCAAAAAUGCCCUCCUGCACCUUCAAUAAACAACUGGAUUCUUCCAUUUAUCUCCCAUCGGAACCAAAACUCUCACUCCUCCUGCUGGACUUAAAUUCCUCCUCUCAGGCGGAUGGACUCACCUGUCAGGGCCUGUCACCUGUCAAGCUCAACUGAAGGAUCUUUUGUUGUUUUUGCUAUAUUCAUUUGCUCAAAGGGAAGCAUGGACUUGGAUUUUAAUAAAGAGCCAUCAAGAAAAGAACUGAAGGAUUUUUCAUCAAGCUGCUGUCAUCGAUCAUACGCAGGAUCUCGCCUGCCUUCUCCAAAAUUCUUCCUCUCUGUUGUACUUCUCCUGCACCCCCUCCUCAUCUUGGAGGACCUCCUGCAACAACAACAUGCCCCCCCCUUGUCAAGCGCCGGCGUCACAGCACAGCCACUGACAGACCUGCCAACCAGCGCCGAGCUGGACCGAUGGAGCAGCUUCAGAAAGAGAGGAAGAAGAAUGUAACAUCAAAGAAAGUCCUUUAUUUUGAAAAGUUUCAUUUUUUUGUGGCUUUUUUCUUGAUUCCUCUGUUUGCAUGUAGACUUUGACUUGUGUGAAUGAGGUGUUUCUGUGUGUAGCUGAGUGAUGAAGUCCUGUUGUGUGUGUGUUUUCAUGCCACUGUGCAGGAGGAGGCGAUAACAGAUGUAUAGUUUUUGAUAUGAAAAAGAACAAGAAGAAACUCUGACUUUUGCUGUCGUCUUAAAACAAAUCUAAAAAAAAAAAGGAAGGAGAAUUUAAGACGUUACACUCACUUUGUGCAAACUCAGCAACGGCAUUUAUCAGGACAGCUUUCUGGAUCGGAACUCAUUUCUGCUUCGGCAGGAACAGCUGCUUGCAAAUGAACAGCUAUCUGUGGCUGCAGUUUCCUGUACAGAACCAGAGUUUGGACCCUCCGAGAUCAGCUCACGUGGAGGAUAAGGAGAAAAAGACGGACCAGCACACAGCAAAGGAAUGGAAGAGUGCACGGAAAACGGCAUCAAAAAUGUUGAUUUUAUUCUUCCACAGCACAUCAUACAGCUACAGGGUUUACCCAAUGGGACUCUUUUCUCUAUUACUUUCGCUCUACUCAUGUGAAUGUUUUUGAUCUCCAAGGAUACAGAAACACCUCCGUCCUUAAUGCAACUCUGCAGCUCGCUCCCGUUGUCGGCCAUGCCUUUGUUUUCCGGGGAUUUAAUCUUUUGAAAAAGGACCUGUUUGGAAAUAUGCAAGAGGUGUUGGGAAGGAGAAGGAAACUAGAAUGUACUGUAAAAUACUUUUUUCCUUUACUUAAAUGUUCAAUAAGUUGAAAAAAAAAUUAAAUGAAAAAAAAAAAGUAACAAAACGCAAGAGUUAAUAUUUGUCAUUGUAUGCCUUCUGAUGCCAUAUGAUCCAGCCACGUAGAUCUAACAUUCUCUUUUUGUAUUUCCUUUUGACAUGAUCAUGCUUUUGUUUUCUUGUUUUGGUCAAGGAGCUCUAGGUACAUGUAACUUAUGUCAUUUAUUUAUGUCCUUUUAUAUCUAGUUUGUAAAAUAAUAGCCUAAAGUGAAGAAAAUAAAGGGGUGCCAAAGGUGCAUUCUUAUCAAAGUAGAAGCAA